AUGAUGCAGGGCGGCACGUCAGGAGACGAUGACGGCACGAAGUUGACGCAACUUCAGGUGCAAAUCAGCCUGCGCCUCGUAUAUGCAGAUGGCGCCACGCUCGUUGCCGGCAAUACAGUUGAACCGCGUGUCGUCGAAGACGAGGCAGCGCAGCUCGCUCUUGGUGCGAAUCUUCUGCAGCACGGUGCCCUGGUUGUAGUGGAUGAUCCUCAUGGUAGGGUUGGCGUUGCAGCAGAUGAAGAGGGUGGGGUCCACGGGGUGGAACAUGACCGCCAGACCCGGGUCGGAGUCGUUGAAGACCUUGAUCAGCUGGCCGCUCAUCACGUUCCAGGCACGGAUGGUGCAAUCGACGGAAGUAGUCACCAGCUCGUUGACCUCUACCUUGGAGAAGCACAUACACGUCACUGCCUUGUCGUGGAUCGCAAGCGUGAACGACUCCGUGAUCAGCACGUUGUCGUCAACAGGGUGCGGCGCUGA